CCAGACUGUCGACGCAGUGCCGCCGAAUAGUGCUCUAACGAACGUUAGGUGAUACGCAGACGGCCCCGUACUUGGCAAUCUAACAGUUAGUAGCACAAGGAAAAAGACUUUGACUAUAGGAAGCUUACAAAAUAAGCGGUUGUAGUGCUCGGACGUUUUGGACGGUGAAGGUGCACACGAUUCCUUCAAUCUCAGUUUUUACCAUCUUGCCGUCUACGGCAAAGACGAAUUAUUAUGUCAGAAGAAAAUGACGUCUCACUGCCUCGAACCACGUUACAGAAAAUGAUAAAGGACCUCUUACCACCAGACAUGCGCGUUGCCAACGAUACUGUAGACCUGGUAAUGGCAUGCUGCACAGAAUUCAUCCAGCUGGUGUCCUCCGAGUCCAAUGAGGUGGCCACACGCGAGGGCCGCUCCAUCAUCCACCCCGACCACGUGCUGCGGGCGCUCAGCGAGCUGGGCUUCCCGGGCUUCGUGGGGGAGGUGACGUCAGCCUGGGAGACGUUCAAGGAGGAGACAAAAACCGCCCACUCGCGCAAGGCCGACCUGCGCAAGACGGGGGCGGAGCAGGCGGGACUGUCCGAGGAGCAACAGAUCCUGCUGCAGCAGCAGAUGUUCGCGGAGGCUCGCGCGCAGUCCAUGACCACCUCCGAGUCCGCAGCGGCCAUGCACGCCGCCUACGAGCAGGCGCUGGCGGCGCAGGCGCAGGCGCACGCACUCGCGGCGGCACAGCAGCAGCAGCAGUACAAGCAGGAGGAGCUGGAGGAGGAGGAGGACUAGCAGAGGGGAGGGAUGGCGGCAGGAAUGGAGGGAUGGAUGGAUGGGGGGGAUUGCGGCGGCAGAGGCAGGCGCAUAGGAGUGUGAGGUGCUGUGGAGAGGGAGGGAUGGAAGAGGCUGCUCCAGCCUGUCGACCUGAAAAUUGAUGACCAGGGGAAAGAAGAAAAGCCAGGAGAGGGAGGGGCAGGGUCACAGGAAAGGGUAUCAGGAGCGGGGACGCAUGGGGGGGAGCGGUGAGUAACCAGCCGGAAGCAUGAGGCAAGUAGUUAUGGGAGGAUUGGGGAGGGAGGAGGUGAAUUAGGGGAUGGGUAGUGUGGUGGUAUGAGGAGGUGUGCGGCAGGAGGCCUGUAGAUCCAGGCCUGUAUACCCGGUAGCGCAUUUGGCAUGUGGCGUGUACUGGGGAAGAGAAGCCGCCGGCGGCUGGAGGGUGAAGUAUUGCAAGUACUGCGAGUGUGUUUUGUGAGGUGGCUAGGGGCCGCGGGAGGGGCCGGAGACGGGUUUGGGAUGUCUAGACGCUCCGUUGUGCUCGUCCAGGUCCAGGUGGUGCCCUCACGUGUGGGACAGGGCGCCGUGCCAGGUGUGAAUGCCUCAUUUACAUGUACACGCAUGUUUAUUGCUCAAUAAUGCAUAUGCCGGUACUUGUACUUGCUAGGCAUGGUAGAGAGUGCUAAUCAGCAGGUGUCCCGGUUGCAUCCGACCCAUGGGUCCUUAGCUGCUUACGGGUACGGAAGCGACAUGGGAUGUCGUCCUUUCCGUUACUGGCUGUUGGGUGGUCUGACGGGUGUGAUGGCCACGUGGCGGCGGGUGGGGAGCUGAUGACGUACCAUGAACACGGAUACCGAACGGAACCACGCAAGGCAGGAGCUGACUGAUCGGGGGAUACAUGCAUGGGGGUUACCGUAUGACGGAGCGCAUGGGGCUCCUGUCUCCUGCUUCUGGCGCCUUUUCGGGGCACAAUGGUCAGGGAGGGGGUGUUUCAGGGGGCAUGAUACAGGUAUGUGGCGCGUGGCGUUAGUCUUUAGUAGGGCGCCUGCUGUUGCAUGCCCUUUUGCCUGUUUACGUGUGCAUUGAGGUAACGCUCUUGAGAACGGACCGGGUGCGUUAAGAGGAAAGCGGGGGAUGAGGGAAUGAUAGCCCGGCAGUGGCAAUGCUUAGUAGCCUUGAUAACUACAAGUGUUGAACGCGAACAGGGCACGCAUGCCGUCUUUGUUGUUGGAGUUGUUGCUGUCCGCCCUGUAAGGUGGCGUCAGGGCUCUAGACCCGGGGGGCCGUUGCUUGUGAUGGUGGGUGCGUCGUGCGCUUGUCGGUACGACCGUUUUGCAUGGGGGUUGCAAGGAUAGUAACAUACACAUACGCGGCCUCGCGGCCAGCUUUCUUAACACAUACACGCUUGAUCCCAAUUGCUUGCUCUUGUCCUACUCAACUACACAUGCAUGCUCUCCAGAAGCAGUC